AGAAUGUCAGAAUUAGAUGGUGAUAGCGAUGAAGCAGAAAUGGUUGAACGCCCUGGCCCUUCUCUCGCUGCAAGACCAUCCCUCUCUGCAACCAUGGGCUAUCACAAGCUUAGUAUCAAUAACAGAAAAUGCAAGAUCGUCAAAAGAGACACAUUUACAAAAAUGAAACAUGAGAAAGCAAAGGAGAAGAAAAAACGUCGGAAAACAGCAGCAGAGAUGCGUGAAGCACUGGGGGAUGCAGCACCUCCCAAGCCAGUUCCUCAUACAACUGAGUCUCUAAGAGCACCAGAUGUGACUGCUGUUGAAGAAGGAGAUGAGGAGGUCGCAGCAGACGCACAGAAUGAUGAGUUUGCUGGAUAUUUCGAUUGUCAGACAACCCCCAAAAUACUAAUUACAACCAACAAAAAGUCAUCCUUAGAAACUAGGAAGCUGUUAGACGAGCUUGUUAAUAUGAUGCCAAACAGCGAGUACAUAAAACGAGGCAAGGUUGAUAUGAAGCAACUUGUUAAGGAGUCAGUGGACAAGGAGUACACACACGUUGUGGUGAUUAACGAGGAUAUGAAGAAGCCUAACAGUGUAGUAGUGUGUCAUCUACCGGAGGGCCCCACUGCGACCUUCAGACUCACAUCUGUCAAACUCAAGAAACAAUUAAAGAGGCACGGAAACGCUACGAGACAUCGGCCGGAAGUAAUCCUCAAUAAUUUCAAAACUAGGCUUGGUCAUUCUGUUGGAAGGAUGUUAGGGUCUCUAUUUCACAUGGACCCUGAAUUCAAAGGACGCAAUGUGGUUACUUUUCAUAAUCAGAGGGACUUUAUCUUUCUUCGAAGACAUAGGUACAUUUUCAAGAACAGUGCAAGAGUUGGCCUCCAAGAACUGGGACCACGGUUAACCCUCAAACUAAGACGGUUCCAGACCGGCACUUUCGACACUACUGGUGGAGAGUAUGAAUGGUACCACAAUCACAAAACCAUGGACGUCAGCAGAAGGACAUUCUUCUUGUAACCGUUGGUGUGCAAGUGAAGUGCUAGCUGGAAGCUAGAAAUGUGUCAAAUAUCAGAGGUGCUACAUCAGUGUUCUGCUGCCAGGGAGUUUUAGAUUUAUUUAUUGUAUAAUGGGACAAGACAAGAUUAUUGCACUUUGUUUAUGAGAGAUACGGUUUUUAUUUUACUGUGGCGAAGGUUCUGUUCUGCAAUACUAUUUCUGGAACGCUGUACAGUCUGUUUCAUUGGUCAUUUU